AUGGGCAGACCAAGCCAGAAAGAACUCAAACCGGGCCUCAGCCUUACGGACACUCUAGACACUCUUGAGCAGAUCUACAAAGAGUCCAAAGUUAUCGUGGUCGGCUGCCUGGCCUCCUGGACUCUUUGUCGUCUCAACUUUAGCUUCCCGUGGCUGAUACUGUUGCUGGCCAUCUGUCGCACUUACUACCAAUUGUCGAUCCAGCGAGUUGAGCGCGCAAUCCGUGAUGAACUACGGCGACACCACGGUAGUAGGAAACUCCAGCAAGGCGAGAGUAUCGAAUGGAUCAAUGUAGUCUUCGGGCGCGUGUGGCAUCUUUAUCAAUCACGUAUUUGCGACCAUAUCGUGCGAUACGUCAACUCCGGACUAGUUCGCCCGGGCAACGAGACGCCCGCCCAGAAAGUGAUCGUUCAGUCCUUGGCCUCGAUGGACCAGCCGGUGAAGUUCACCAAGUUCAUAGUCCACCCGAAACCAGACUCACCGAAUCUGAUUCUGGAGGGACGGUUCCAGAUCGACCUGACGCCCCCCUGGGUGUGGAAUGCCCGACGCCAUCUGGUCGAGCGAUCGCACACAGAGCCACUUGUCAACAUCGCCAUCGUCCACCGCAAGCAAGACCAUCAACAACAUGACCUGAUGGUACAGGUGAAAACGUUCACGGGGACAGGCACGCUCCGGCUAGAAUUCGACCUCGAGAGCGCGGAGCCCCGAAUUUAUCCACCGCAGAUCGAGCUGCAGGAUCCCCCACAAAUCGACUGUACGAUGCGAACAGUCAGCCAUCACCACUUCCCGUUCCAUUUCGCCCAUCAUGUUGACUGGCGCAAGGUCGUGGGGAUGCAGAUCCGCGAGGGGCUCGGAUCGGCCUGGCAUCGACCCUUACCCCUGCCCUUCCUCCACCUGGGCGAGCGAUUGGUGAUGCGGAUGAUGACGUGGUGGUGGCUACUCCGUCAAACGCGCCAGAACUAA